GGUUUGGAGGAAGUGCUCUGUGAGCGGCGUCUGAGCUCUUCCUGCAGUUACGGGAUGAAUGCGAGAGAAGAAAAUGGCGAUUGAGCAGGACAAAUAUUUCCCCUCCUCGACUCUGCAAAUGUGUUGAAUUUCUAUAGCCUUACAAUUUGCUUUCAUUUCAUCUCUACUGCACUUUAAACUACGAGAGAGAAUUGGAUGCUAUUGCCACCAAAGACAUUUGAAGAGAAGCAACACAGGGAAAUCUUUGAUGGAGUGUGGAUGGAAGACAGUGUAUAGCACAGUGGAAUGACUGUAAGGAAGAGGGUGCUGGUGUAAAGUGCCAGAACAUAUCAAGUCCAGUUUCAGCCAGCCUCAGUCUGCCAAUUAGAACAGCAGCAUCUCCACUGUAACCUGCGCCAUCAGCAAUGCCAAGAGGGCCCAAGCCAGCGGCCAGCCCCAAGCCCUGCCUCGGUACCCGCUCUGUGAAGUUCCGCCGCAUCUCUGUCAGCACAAACAGAAACAGCUGUUGAAGUGUGGGCAACCCCUCACGGUCAUUGCUGCCACCCUGGGAACUCAAGUGCAGCUCACCUCAAGCCAGCCAGGGGAGCUUACGACUGAGAGGCCUGUCCUACACUGCGCCCAAAGCCUCCUCUCAGGCAUGGCUCCCAUUCGGGAUUCUGUCAGCCACUCCCCUAACCAAACAGGUUUAGAACAUACUGGACUGGAAUCUCAGUAUGAAAAUUCGCCAUGGAGCUCUAGUUCACCUUGCAGUGACUCGAACAGCAACUGGGGAAAGGUCAUUGUAGAUAAGGGACCCUGGCCCUCCAUCACUGGUAGUGACCCAGAGUUAGCCUCAGAAUGUAUGGAUGCUGACUCGGCCUCCAGCUCUGGGUCUGAGAAAAAUCUUAGUAUGAUGGCAUCUGGAAACACUGGCGGUGACAACAAUGGCAAUAGACAAGGAAGCAGUCAAGGUUCUCAUUUCAUGGUUGCAAAUUGCAGCAAUAAUGUGGGUAAUGGGAGUGUUAAGGGGCCUUGGGGUGUAUCCAAUGGCUCGAUGCUAAGCACAUGUCAAGGCUCUGUGGAAGGCCCCAGCAGCAAGCUGGUAGAAAGCAGCCAUGGCAAAAUUAACGCGUGGGGUACCCAAGGUUCCUCAACCAAUGUAGAUUUAAAUCCAAGCACUUUGAACCCAAAUGCCAACCAUGGUGCCUGGCCCGUUCUUCAGAACACUGGGCCCAACCCCCAUGGGCCUGUUGGGAAUGGGAAUGGUGGCACCAACACUCAACAAAGCACCAUAGGUCAAACACCCAGCAUGCAGAGUAUCAACUCUAAGAUGUCCCGAGGAUGCCUGCAAGAAAAUAUGUCUGAAGCUGAAGUCAAUGGUACAAGCAAGGUUACAAGUGGACAGCCUCAAAACCUUAACACUGAAUUUAACGGACCAAAUAACACUACUAACACGAUGACCUCUAGUUUACCAAACUCUACAGGUUCAAUACAGUUGAAUGAACAGCCCCCAGGGCACCGAGCCUGGCCUGUGAACACAGGGAGCUCUCCUCAGCUCCCUAUUUCUUCAGUCUCUAAUGGCACUUCCAUUUCUCAACAUGGCAACAGUGAGGGAAUUAAUAGCGGGUCUUAUGGUACAGGAUGGGGAAUUCCACCCGGCACUAAUUACUCUGGAGACAAAUGUCCCAUUCCUAAAGGCCAAGCUGUGGUUGACACUGUGAAUGCAACUCUAAUGCAGUCUGGAGCUAAUGGUUCCUCUGUGAGUGCUGCUGCUUUAAAGCAUAAUAAUAAUACUGGGAUGGGCAGUCGCGGAGGAGGUUGGGACUCAGCGUCCACUACCUCACAAAAUAUGUCUUGGGGAGCUGGCAACGGUGUGGGCCCAGCUGGGAUCCCUCGCCCUUGGGGGAAUGCCUCCUCCUCCUCUUCUUCCUCUUCCUCAUCCUCUUCAAACACUGGCACUAAGGUCUCAAAUGGGGAGUGGAACACUUUGCCCAGCAACAGUCAGCAUUCCAAUGAGGGCACGAAUGGGGGCAGGAAGGGAACAAAUGGAUGGAAGUCCUUGGAAGAUGAUGCUCUCGGUAUUAGGAGCUCCGGUCAGCCAUCACAAGGCAGCACAUGGAACAAAUCAACAGGCAGUGAAGGAAGUGGAGAGAGCUCAGGAGAUUGUAGUGAUAAGGAUGGACAGUGCAGCAGCAACCGCAGAAGGAAUAACCAACCAGGGACGAUACAUGCAGAUCUCACUAAAAUCGACAUGGACCCCAGGGUCCUGUCCAACACGGGAUGGGGACAAACCCCAGUCCGCCAGAACACUGCCUGGGACGUAACCACCUCUGAUAAAAAGCAAGGAAAUGGGCAGAUGGGCUGGGGCGGCGCUCCACCUCAGAAGUCUAACUCAGGGGGUUGGGGAGAUGGACCCAGCACCAACAGUAGAGAGUCUUCUGUGUCCGGGUGGACCGAACCUUCAAAACCUUCAACAGGCUGGGGAGAAACCAAAGGCCCUGUUGGGCAAAGUGGUUGGGAGGACGCUUCUGUUACAAUGAACAAGAACAGUUCCUCAUGGAACAGCGGCAAGGAUGAAAAGUCCUCCUGGAAUAACACACAGAAAGCGAAGCAAGGAUGGGGUGGUCCCUCAGCUGGAGAGGGAUGGGGUGGAGAAGGCCCAAAAGGAAGCCAUUGGGAAGAGCCCCAGAAAUCUGGUUCCGGUGGCUGGGACAGUGACAGCGAUCGCUCUGGAUCGGGCUGGAGCGAGCCUGGGCGCUGCAGAACGAGCAACACCUGGGGAGGUGGCAGCGGAGGCACGAACACUCCUGACCAGAGUGGUCCAACCACAGGAUGGGGUGAACCAACCAAGACCAUCCAUCAAAACCAAACCUGGUGCGAGCCAAUGAAAGCAACCCACUCCAACUCUACUUGGGGUGACACUGCAAAACCGAACAACUCUUCAGAGUGGGGCAAAUCCCAAGAUUCCAGCAUGGCAAAAUUCAGGAGUGGGAACGUCUCUCAGACCGGAGCCCCUGGUCAAAACAAGCCUACAGGAUGGCUGGGAGGACCAAUGCCUGCUGCCUCUAAAGAAGAAGAAUCCACUGGAUGGGAAGACCCAUCUCCUGAAUCCAUUAGGCGUAGAAUGGAGAUUGAUGAUGGUACUUCAGCAUGGGGAGAUCCCAAAAAAACCAAUUACAGCAAUGUAAACAUGUGGAACAAGAACACUGCCGGAGAGCAGGAUGGUGUGGCAGUUUCACAGCCCCCACAAGCCCAAAGCUCCAUGGCGCCAAAAGAAAAGAACUGCAGCUCAGGGUGGGGAGAGACAUAUGGUGUGCCACAAAAAAUGGAGUCCUCUACCUGGGGUGAGCCUGCUGGUCCACCUGUCACUGUGGACAAUGGCACUUCAGCCUGGGGAAAGUCUGUUGAUAAAAGCUCCAGCUGGGAAGAGCCAGGACGGGAAAACUCAGGAGGCAGUGGCUGGGGCAAUGCUGCUGUAGGACAACAGUCACAGCACAAGUCUGGAUCCAAACCUAUGCAAGACAACUGGUGUGGAGAUGAGAUGUCCAUGACAGGGCACUCCAACUGGGAGGAGGAAGAGGAAGUAAAGAUAGGCGUGUGGAACAACAAUCCAUCACAGGAAAUUAACCAAACUGGAAACUGGUCCUACAAGAAGAUGCCUCCAAAGAUGAAUAAAGGACCCAACAAGCAGGAUGAUUCUCCAUGGAUGAAUCAGUUUGUGAAACAGUUCAACAACAUGUAUCCUAGAGAUUCCUCUGAAGAUUCCCUGAAGGGCAAUAAGAUGGAUAUGCCUGGAGGAAUGACAGACAAGCGCAUGGAUGUUGACAGUCAUGUUCUUAACAUGGGAGAGUAUGGAAAAAAUCCUGCCUUACGCCACCAGAUCCACAAAGACUCACCCAUGGACCGCAAUCCCUAUAUGGAUAAGCUUUCACUGCCCUUAUAUGAUAACACUGUAGCAGAGGAGCCCCAAAACUCACAGAUCACUUCCAUGCAGAAUAUGAGCUAUUCCCCUACAAAUAGUGCGCAACCAAACCAGUGCAGCUUGCCAGGGCCUCACCAUCCAAACUCUGCCUCUGUUAGGCAGAAUGUAAACAUGUACGGUGUCGGUAAUGCAGCAGCACAAGGCCGGAAUGCCCAGCAGCCUCCAGCACAACCUCUGAACUCUGCUCAGCCCAAUCUCCGUAACCAAGUGCCUCCUCCACUACAUCCCUCUCAGGUCCCGCCACCCCUGUUGAAGUACUCUCCCAAUAAUGGAGGUCUGAACCCUCUGUUCGGCCCACAGCAGGUGGCAAUGCUAAACCAGUUGUCCCAGCUUAACCAGCUCUCUCAGCUCUCUCAGAUUAAUCAGUUACAGCGUCUUCUCCUGCAGCAAAAAGUGCAAAGCCAGAGGGCCAUGCCUGUUAACAGCCGACAGCAACAGGAACAGCAGGGUCGUGGUCUGGGCCCAUCCCAACAGAUGAUCCAGCCUCCCCGUCAUCUCGAUCCAUCCCUGAUGAAGCAGCAGAACUCUCCCCAGCCUCCCUCAAUGCACCAGCCUGGCCUCAAGUACAUGGAGAACUUCAUGUCCCCCAAUGCCUCUGACCUGCAGAAAGAACAAAGUUCCCUGAGCUCUUUCAGUAAUUUCCCUUUAGGUGGGUGUCCUCCCCAUCUUCACGUAGGGCAGAAUGACUCAAUGUUGCACCAAGCUGCCAAGCCCAACACGAUGUUUGCCUCUGACAUGUCAGGCUGUCAGCCAGCUGGCAUUAGUCAAAGUCAUAGCCUCCUGAGCAAUGGCCACAUGGUGCCAGGCUCUUCCGUGAACCCUCGGGUAGGAAAGAACUUCUGUCCUGACAGCAGCUCCCUGCCAGCAAGAGGCUUGAACUCAAACUUGAAUGUAAGCAACCUUGACAUUAGUAGUGUUGGUUUUAAAGAGCCACAGUCCCGUCUGAAGAAGUGGACUGCCAUGGACAUUUCCGUUAACUCGCCACUUGAUCAAAACCCCAGCAAAACUGGUGCUAUAACAUCUGGCCUGAGGCUUGAAGACUCGCACUUAAGUCCAUAUGACUUCAUGAAUGCCAGUAAUGCUCCCAUCAGUCCUCCUGGCUCUGUGGGAGAUGGCUGGCCCAUCCGUGCCAAAUCACCUCAUGGUUCCACCCAUGUCAACUGGCCACCAGAGUUUCGUCCUGGUGAGCCCUGGAAAGGAUAUCCAAACAUCGAUCCUGAAACUGACCCAUUUGUCACUCCUGGCAGUGUGAUUAAUAAUCUCUCCAUUAAUACAGUCCGGGAUGUUGAUCACCUCAGGGACAGGAACAAUGGGCCAUCCUCAUCACUUAACACCACGCUGCCUUCAAAUAGUGCCUGGACAUCCAUUCGUGCCUCCAACCACAAUAGUUCCCUCAGCAGUACAGCACAAAGCACUUCAGCCAGAAACAGUGACUCCAAAUGGUCUCCAGUCACCAACACCUCUUUGGCUCAUGAGCUGUGGAAGGUUCCUCUCCCCUCGAAAGGUAUCUCUGCUCCGUCCCGGCCCCCACCUGGCCUCACUGGCCAGAAGCAGCCCUCGUCUUGGGACAACAGCUCUCUGAGACUGGCAGGCUGGGGCAGCUCUGAAUCCAGAUUCACCUCUGGUUCCAGCUGGGGUGACAGCAGCUCAGGGAGAACUAAUUGGCUUGUACUCAAAAACCUUACACCUCAGAUUGAUGGCUCCACCUUGCGAACUCUGUGCAUGCAGCACGGUCCACUGAUCACAUUCCAUCUGAACCUUCCCCAUGGCAAUGCUGUCGUCUGUUACAGCUCUAAGGAGGAGGCGGCCAAAGCCCAAAAGUCACUGCACAUGUGUGUUUUAGGGAACACUACUAUUCUUGCAGAAUUUGCUAGUGAAGAGGAAAUUAAUCGUUUCUUUGCACAAGGUCAGUCAAUGACCGCUUCUCCCAGCUGGCAGACGCUGGGCUCUUCUCAGAACCGGAUGGGAUCCAUUGAGGGUUCACACCCCUUCCCGAACCGCUCCGACCUGAAUCAGUGGAACGGCAGCGGGCUGUCGGGAGCCGGCAGUGGAGACCUGCAUGCUUCGUCUCUCUGGGGUGUUCCCAAUUACUCCAAGAGCCUGUGGGGCAGCCCCAGUGGCGGUGAGGGCGGGAGAAUCAACAGUCCCUCCCCCAUCGGCUCCUUUCUUUCUGUUGACCACCUGACAGGAGGUGGGGAGUCCAUGUAGUGCAUCUUUCACCUUCUGACAAAAAAACCCAACAAAAAAACCAUACAAACCCGUGACCUCAAUGUGGAGUAAGUUAAUCAUAAUCAUAUGACCAUAUAUAUAUAUUAUAUAUGAAAAAAUCAAAUGGCACUAGUUAGACUUUUCUUCACUUACAAAAGGAAAAAAAACCAAUGCGGGGUCACCCUGUGGAAACAAGUUACAUUUUUUCUGCACAUAUGUCCACUUUGUUUUAGCCCAAAACAUAUCAGUUUGAAUACUUGAAUCAUGCAGGCCAAUUCUAUAAUGUGAAAGGAUGUAUUUACACUUCCAGGUAGUGCUCUUCGUACAGAAAAAAAGCUUCAGUUGAGCUCAUCUGUUUAUUCAUCAUGUUUAUUUGAAUUCCAAUUCUUUUCGUUUUAUUAUUUGCAUUUUGUUUGCUGACAAUGUUGGAGUUUGAGCUUUUUUUAACUUUGCACUGAAUGUGGUCUUUCUCAGUAUAAUCUGCAAUAUGGAGGGAGCUGACAGUUCCAGUGUAGUUGUUUACUCAAGGAUGUUCUUAAAGUGUGCGCUCUACUAUGCCUUGAUGUAUGCCUACCCUAUUGUGGUAUUGUGGAGUUGGAGAUCAAGAUAUAGAUGCUGAUUUAGGAUUAUUUGAUGAUGAUAUUACAGAAAUAAGUAUUGCACCGAUUCUGUUUUAAAACUAAAGAAUUUAGCUCUGCAGUGUAAAAAACUGUAGCCACAGCUGUGACUUGCAAACCCAACCUGCAAGCCAGGGGGAACAGCACUUUCAAAAUAGGCUUUCAAUUUUGAUUUGGAGGCGUCACAUUGUGCCCUCUUGUUUACAAAACUUUUUGAGGGGGAAAGUAUGGUCAUUCUUACUUUAUUUUAAAUGGAAAAAUUACAAAAAUACAUAAAGAAUGAAAAAUAUAAAAAUUAUAAAAUAAAGAAAAAUACCAAAAAAAGAAUAAAAGUGAGAAAAAAGUUUUCAACAAAAAAAAUCUUGAGGAUGAAGACGAAGCUUUCUAUCUCUGGGAAUACUGAUCAGUGUUUGGCCAUGUCAUUGGUUAUUUUAUCUAUUCCUCUUGUCUGCUAAAUAACCAGCAUGGUUCUCAGGAAAUUUAGCCAGUUUCCCCCAUAGAAACUCCUUGUAGGAAAAUCCAACUUUUAGCACUGAAACUACUUAUAGCUCUGUAAGUUUUUCUCUGCCAAAUAACUGCUUUAAGCUGGAGACAUUCUACAUACUGCUUUUCAAAUAUGCUGUCUUUUUUUAAAUGAGUGGAUAUGGUUUGCUGAAUCACUAUCUAGUCCUCCUUCCCUUUUCCCACCGAGUGGCUCCAUGUUUUCCCUUUGUGACUGUCCAAGUAACUGUCAAAUAUGUCGUAAGAAAAAGCAGAAAUCUGUAACUAUGCAUACUGUAGCCAGUGACUCGGCCUACAGAAACGCUUUUUCUCCGUCUGAAGUCAUGUUUUAUGUGUUUCGGUAAUUUCCUCAUCGCCAGAGCUGGUGUUAAAGAAAAUCUUGUUUGGUUAUUUUAACAGUGCAGAAGUCGUCCACAUUUCAUUGCCUUGAUUCAAAUUGUGUCCGAAGAUGCAACAAGUCGAGUGGCUUUUAACUGUUUACAAAUAGAAAAUGAUUGUAAUGUGUACAGUUUGGUUGUGUUAAUCUGAAGUUCCUUACAAUAUUAAUAAAUCAAUGUUUGGCUGCUCAUUACAAUUUUAUUUACAUUUUAUUUUGGUUCCGUUUUUUUUUUUUUUUCGUUUUUUUUUUCCUUUUCCCCUUCCUCAAAGCUGGUUUGUCAUUGAAAAUGGCUUGCCUCUGUACUUGUGGCCAAGGAAGGCUGGAUCAGAGGUGAAUGUAAUCUAUCGCUGGUAGUUUAAAUAAUGUGCAUAGAUUUACAGACCUUUUUAUUGUACUAUAUUUUAGGUGCACAAAUUAUGAGACGCUUCGAGAGCGAGCGGGAGAGAAAGAUGUCAGCAUUAGGCUAAGCCAUGGACCUUAAUAUCUGUUUAAGCUGUUUUUCUCCAUUUUAUUUUAUUUGAGGAGUAGAUCUUGCUUGGUGUGUUAAGUUAUCCAUAUUUAAUGUCUCAAAAGCAUAUUACAAAACCCUGAGUAUUACUCUAUUACUUUAUGGUUGUGUGCCAGUAUUGAACCAUUUUAAGUAACUGCUUUACCAAAUAAACUUCAAUCAAAGGAUUUGUUUACUUAAUUCCAGACCUGGCUUAUCAUAUUUUGUUUGACAAAUUUUAAGCGGAUUGUUAGGUUGUUUCCGAGAGAAAAUACAUAACGAAAGCCGAAAAUUAACUUUUGGAAUUGCACUUGGUGUAUAUAAUGAACUGAAAGCUUGUACUGUAUUUUUGUUCCGAGGCAGAGUGUAGCUUUGGAAAACUGGAUGUCUUGGUUAGAGAACUUUGCCUUUUGUUUAUCUUUUAUUCUUCAUGUGCAUUGGCUAUAGUGUGAGACAGCGUUUGUUUGUGCGUGUUCAUGCCUGCGUGCUCGAGUGGUCCACUCCAUUCCUGCGCAUCAGGAGCCCUAGUAUUCUCCUCUCGUAUAGGCAACUAAUGCGGUCUGUCUCGAGGGCGAUUCGAUUGCCGUGACUUUUAUUUACUCCCUCGAUGUGGAAUGCUCGAAAUCGGUGUGCUUUGGAGUUCCAUGUUUGUAUGUGUUAGUUAUUGUAUGAAGUUGGCGCUGAGCUUUAACGAUGGUUCUGAAUAAGUUCUUCCUUGCUGUUUUGGCAGCCGUGCUAAGUUUCCAUAUUCUUGUGACUUCUGAAAGCGCAGGGAAGAGCCAUUUCCACUUUUAAUUAUUUGUUUAUUUUCUUUCUCUUCCUUUUAUCUCACUUUUUCCUCUUAAUUUCAUUUUAUGUAUGUGCAGCUGUUUGGUGUUAGACAGAACUGUCAUGCUAAGACAUUUUGAUAUUUCACUGUCAUGCCAAAUAAUGGGGGAGUGGGGAAAGAAAGGGAUUUGUUCUUUUGUAAAAGCUGGACAAUGUAUAUGCUUCAAAUGUCACUUGCAAAAUGGAUGUUUUGAGGAUAUUCAUGAGCAAUGUACAAUCCCCGUUUUUAUAGUCAGGUAAAGGUAGACAAAAAAAAAACGACUUGGCCUGACAUUCUACUUUUGUACUGAAAGUGUCAUUUGUUUUCUGAUUUAUCCUGUGAGCAAAUAUACCCAUGUCUUUUAAAUGGUUCCUACUGUUGAACAAUGUGCUAAGGCAAUUGACUUAACAAACUGUGAGUAUUGCUGUCAUGUCAUUAUAAACCCGAAAAGCUUUAGUAAAACCAGCACAAGAAACAGAUGAACGAGAGUUUAAAUCUAAACUUCCACCAUGAAGAAAUUCUAAGAAAGUCUAUGCAGUGUAGGGUGAGGCUUCCAUGUUUGUCUUUGCUUAAUAAAAUCCUAACCGCCGUAGUGGUGGGAUUUAAAAAUACGAUUUCUGUAACGUGCCAUGAUUGAAAUUGAUUUUAUUUUAUUGUGGUCACAAAAUUUGGCCAGUUAUAGCAAAUGGAGGGUUGCAUUAACAUUUCCUUUUUCACAGCGCUCGACACGGAACGGGCUGUGGAAUAGCAAAUUCUCCAACAUUUCUAGAGAUGUGUCAAGAAAUAGUUUGCUCACAUGUAACCUAUAUGCACACUGCUUGGUAGACUGUUUGAAGAUUACUAGAAAUAAACGUCAAUAAGAAUACUUAAAUGAGCAGGAAGUUCUUUUCAGCGUCUUCCUGGGGUCAUCUUAGAAUUUUAUCUUGGGGAACUGCACUUUUUGAAGGACAAUCCUUUAUUUGUAUUGGUAACAAUUGACACAAGGUUUAGUCUAAUAAUACAUGGUAGAUACUCAAAUGUGUAAUAAAUGUUUCUUGUAAUGCUGUUUUUUUCUCUCUUUGUUGCUUGGUUUUCAUUUUUAGUACCCUUAAGUGCAUAUGUAACGAGGUAGUUGAGUAGUAAAGUAGAUUUUAGGUCUUUCGUUGGCUGUACUUGUAGACUGAUAAUAACUGUUUGUAAAGUCCUGAUCUUGAUAUCGGAAUACAAAGCUGUAUAACUUGGGUAGAACCCGCAAUAAAGCCUAACAGUGA